AUGAUGAACUCGGAUCGAUCAUUGAGAAGUCAAACAAAUAUUGGUCGAGCAUCGCCAAGUUUCUCAGCGACUAAACAUGAAAAUCUUGCCAAUAGACCAUCAUCUCCUGUAGUAAAUAACAGAUUAUCUGCAAUUCGAGAAUCCGACAAUCAAAAGAGUGAUUGGUCAGCGAAAAGUUUCAGUGAAGAUGAUACAAAGUAUCAUCGAAUAGUUUUUCAGCGGUGUACCGAUUUCAUGAAAGAAGACGUCAUAACAAAUCGUGACAAAUUCAUCCAAGCUCUUCAUUAUGUGGGAUGCGAUCUGCCGAAAACAACGAUUGAUCGUCUAUGGUUGAGUAAUGAUGAAGAAAUAUCGUUCAAAACGUUUCAACGUAUUUUAAAUGAUGAAAAGCCGAUUGAUGAACGAACACUCGAAGAAGCAUUCGAAACACUUUAUAAUAAAGAUCGAAAACAAGACUGGAGUGCAAUCGAUUACGACAGAUUUCGUUCUGAUAUGCUUCAAAAAGGCGAUACAUUUACGGAAGAAGAAUUUAAUAAACUUCGUUAUCUACUUGGAACUGAAUCAGGAAAAGUCGAUGUGAAAAAGUUAACGAAAGCAAUCACGCAAAACAAGAAUACGUGCCGAGAGAAGAUUAUCAUCGAAAAGAAAGAACAACGAAGAGAUGAAAUUGAACGUGCAUCAUCACCACGACCGAAUUCUCCGAAAAUGGGAAGUAAUAAUCUCCAUAUUAUUAUUCCACCAUCGAAAAUAAAACCAUCGAUCUCUGCGAAAGCACGUACAGCACAGAUCAAAGGUGCUUUCUUUUGUGAAUAUUAUGAUUCACCCAACGAUGCCUUGUACUUUUCAAUUGCUUACUCAUUUGAGAUCAAAAGACCUACACCUGUAUGGGCAAUAGUUGAACCGACACUCUCACGGUAUCAUAAAGAUUCGUUAUUCAAAAAUCUCGACAUUCGAAUUCUUCUUUACGAAAAAUCGCCUCAUUCGGAGAAACGACGUCUUAUCGAUAUAAGUUCUCUUCGGUGGGGAAGCAAAACAUGCCUCGAAUCCGAAGAAUUGCCGAAAGGUUCCUAUGAACUCGUUCCUAUUACGCUUGGUGGUGUUCUACGACCACGAACACGUGAAGUGAACGAACGUGGCAAAAUCAAAACAUUACGAAAGACAAAAAAAGGCAAAGAUUUCUCGAUGACCGACGACUAUCGACAAGCAUUAGAAUAUGUCUUCGAUGUAUUCGAUCUCGAUGAUAAUAAGCAACUCGAUCGAAAUGAGUACAAUCUAUGGACAUUGCGAAUCACAGGCGACGAAAUCUCGGAUCAAGAUUGGUUGUCUGUUCGUGAAAGUGUGAACUUAGAUGUCGAUGAAAACGUUUCGAAAGAGAAAUUUUUGAAAUUGAAUGAUUAUGAAAUUCAAGAACCUGAGACAACUGAGCAGGAGUUGUGGAUUGGUUUGAAUUCGGUUGGAUUUAACUAUGCUAUGGAACUUGAUAUGAUGUGCCCAUUUCAAUUGACGGUUCAUGUUAAUGAAUCGGAUAUACGUCUAAAACCGACAUCUUUUAUUGAGUUGAACGAAAUUCGAGGAAGUUUAAUACAGUUUUUGAAGGAUAAAUCUGAUCGAAUUCAAUUAAAAAAUCCAUCUGUUCACUGUUUUCAUUAUCAAGAUGAUUAUGGUUCGAUUCUUUUCGUUCAAAAUAAACAUUCUUCAAAUAUUCGUAUAUCUGUCGAGACGACAAAAUCAACUAACGCUGCUUCAUCAUUGCCAAUCGGUGGACGAAAACCACCCGUUAUUCAUAUUCGUCAAGGGACUUCUCAAAUUAUUUGGUUUACACACCGAUUGGAUACAAACCUAACGAUGGAAUUAGACGCCAUUGUUCAACUUCAAUAA